AUGUUAAUUACAUUUAAAGAUAUUAAAAAAAUUGAUUAUUUUGAGGAACCAAAGCUUUUAUUACUUUACUGGGAUAUUGAAACAUUAUCAUCUCGAGGUCCAGGUUUUUUUCCUGUGGGUGAGAAAGAAGAUGAUUAUGUAUACAUGAUCCAAUUUGAUAUUAUAUUUUACAAUGAAUCUAUUCCUCGAAAGAGAUUUUGUUUAUCAACUAUUCCUAUAAACAGUCAAAAGUUUUAUUCAAAAUAUAAUUCAACAGAAUUAAUCUUCAUUGAGUUGCCAACUCAGGAACAGCUUUUGUUGAAAUUUGCUAAAUUAGUUGGAAAUUAUGAACCAGAAUUUGAGAUUGGUUACAAUACAGGCCAAUUCGAUUGGAACUUUGUACUCAAAAAAGCCAGAAUUGUUGAACAAGGAAUGUAUGAUAGAGGUCUGGUCAUUACACCAAUUAAUAACAUUAAAAGACCUAUAGCAGAUGUUAAUUUUACUUCAUAUUACCCCCAUGCUAUUAUACAAAACAAUAUAUUUCUUGAAAAAUGUGUAUCAAAAGAUUCAACUAAUUCACAUUUAAAUGUUGUAAUUGACAAUAAUAUUGUUUAUGGUAAAUUUUUAUCACACAACAAUAAUAUAAACAAGAUGAGUAUUAUGGCUCUUAUGUGUAAAGAAUUAUUAAAAAAACGAAAUGAUGUGAAGCAAAAAAUGAAAUUGUAUAAAAAUGAUAAAACAAAACUUCUAUAUUACACUUUAUUAUCAAAUGUGUUAAAAAUAUUUGCAAACUUAGUAUAUGGCGAGACAGGUUAUAGAUAUUCACCAUUAUAUCAUAAGGAAGUUGCUUUAUCAGUUACAGCAUUUUGCCGAGCAACAUUAAAGAUCAUGAUUGAUUUUGUGAGAGAACAAGAAUUUAUAGUAGUUUAUGGAGAUACAGAUUCUAUAUUUUAUUCAUUGCCAGAAUUAUAUUUUACAGAACUUGAUACUAAGUACUCUGAUGGAUUAUUAUCAAAAAAAGAGUAUUGGGAGGAACAGAUCAAAUUAACAAUAUUACACUCAAAGAUACUAGAAAAAAAUAUUAAUGAAUACUUGAAACAGAUUAUGAAAUCUAUAUACUUGAAGAUGGCUUACAAAAAAACAAUGUAUUCCUUUUUAAUUUUUGGAAAAAAGCAUUAUGUCGCAAUUACUCAUUCAGAUGUGCCAGAUUUAAAUAAUUUAAAUUUAUUAUUAAAAGGUCUCAAAACCAUCAAACAUAAUGUACCAGAAUUUUACAAACUAGUAGUGAAAGAAUUAAUAUAUUCUUCACUUGGAUUCAAUAAAAAUUUUUCGAUCAGACAAGAAGAAAUAGACCAAAAAGAAUUAGUAAUACAGAUAAUCACUAACUAUGUUAAUAAAAAAGAAACACUAUUAGACUUGUUUGUUUUUACAGCCAAGUUUGAUCCAACAUAUGCUUUAGUAUCAGCAGUCGAUUUU